AUGGAAAUAGCAGAUGCCAAAGGUAAAACUGAUAAUAAGAUAUCGCUUAGUUUGGAUGAAACUAAAGAGAUUAUAUUUGGUAGUCUUUUAGGGGAUGCUAAAUUAGAAAUGCCUCCGAGAGGUCUGAACGCUAGAUUUGGAUUCACACAAGCUGAAUUUCAAAAGGACUAUUUUAUAAGCGUAUCUAGUUCUUUAUCUGCAAUAUGCUCUGGAAAAUAUAGAGAAUCUUCUUAUUUAGAUAAAAGAACAGGAAAAACUUAUAAAUCUUUAAUAAUGCAAGAUGGGGCGCGUGGAACAUCUAAAGGGUUAUAUUUAUGUACAGACAGUUUUACACACGCAGAUGUUAAACGGCUUACUCAGUAUUUAAUAGAUACGUACAAUCUUAAAUGUUCAAUACACAAAGCUGGAGGAAACCAUCGUAUUUAUAUUUUAGCCAAAUCUGUGGAAACUGUUAAAAAUCUUAUUUUACCUUAUAUGCAUAAAUCAAUGGUAUAUAAGUUGGGAGUCUAGCUAACUCCAUCAACGUCGUCCAUAUUUGUAAAAGUAUGGUGUAUAAUU